AUGGCAUCGUCAUCGUCUUCAUCGUCGUCGUGGACGCUGACAGUGGACGACAUGCACAAGCUGAUCGAUCCGAAGAACCCCGAGCUGCUCGCCAAGCUCGGCGGCGCUGCUGGUCUUGCCAAGGCGCUCGGCUCGUCGCUGACGGACGACAACAUCAUCCCGAAGCCGCCGUCGCAGUCCCUGUUCGAGCUCAUCUGGGAGGCCCUCCAAGACAAGACGCUCAUCCUGCUCUCGGCCGCCGCGUUCGUCUCGCUCGUUCUGGGCAUUCGCGAAAACCCGGAGAGCGGCUGGAUUGAAGGCACCGCCAUUCUCAUCGCCGUCCUCGUCGUCGUGACGGUCUCGGCUGUCAACGACUUCCAAAAGGAGCUGCAGUUCCGCAAGCUCAACGACAAGAAGGAUGCCAAGGACGUCAACGUUGUGCGCCACGGCGUCCAGAUGCAAAUCCCUGUCGCCGAGGUCUUGGUGGGCGAUCGCGUUGAAAUCUCCACUGGUGACAUUCUGUCUGCCGACGGUGUGUUUAUCAGCGGCGCAAGCAUCAAGUGCGACGAGUCUGGUGCGACUGGUGAAUCGGACGCCGUCAAGAAGGGCACGGGCCACAAGGAAGACCCCUUCUUCCUGUCUGGCACAAUGGUUUUGGAAGGCUCGGGCGCCAUGCUCGUGACGGCCACGGGCGUCCACUCGUUCAACGGAAAGCUGCUGAUGGCGCUUCGUGUCGAGAACGAGGGCACCCCGCUGCAAAUCAAGCUGGAGGCUCUUGCCGAAAGCAUUGCGUACUUUGGCAUUGUGAUGGCUGCGGUCACGUUCUCGUCGCUCAUCGGAAAGCACCUGUUCAUUUCUCACCUCAACGGCGAGGAGUUGUUUGACGAGCACUUUUUCAGUGCGAUCGUCAAGUACACCAUCACUGCCAUCACCAUGCUCGUUGUUGCCGUUCCCGAGGGUCUGCCGCUCGCUGUCACGAUGGCCCUUGCUUACUCGACCAUGAAGAUGCUGGAGGACAACAACUUGGUGCGCCACAUUGAUGCCUGCGAGACGAUGGGCGGCGCCACCAACAUUUGCUCGGACAAGACGGGCACGCUCACGGAAAACCGCAUGACGGUCGUCAAGGGCGCGAUUGCCGGAAACGCAUUCGAGUCUGUCACCCCGGCUGUCGGCUCUCAGAUGGCCGCUCCUGUGCGCGACCUGCUCUUCCAGGGCAUUGCUGUGAACAGCAACGCCUAUGAAACGACCCGCGAGGACGGCACCAAGGCGUUCAUUGGCUCCAAAACCGAAUGCGCUCUGCUCCAGUUCUCGUCCAAGCUUGGCAGCGAUUUUGUCGGCGUGCGCAAGAGCUCCAACGUCGCCCGCGUCUACCCCUUCUCGUCUCGCCUCAAAUCCAUGUCGACUGUCGUGGCUGUCGACUCGAAAAAGCACCGCAUCUACGUGAAGGGCGCGUCUGAAAUUAUCGUUGGCCGCUGCGACCGCAUUCUGAACGCGUCCGGCACGGCUGUUCCGCUGACUGCCGCGCACGGCGUUUCGGCAAAGAUUGACGAGCUGGCGCAGGAAGCACUGCGCACCAUUGGCCUCGCGUAUGCGGAUUUGGACUCGUUUGUGCCCGUCGAUGGCGACGAUGAAGGACCCCAGGUCAAGCUUGUUCUGAUUGGUAUUGUUGGUAUUGAGGACCCCGUGCGCGAGGCUGUGCCGAAGGCUGUGAAGGACUGCCAGCAGGCGGGUAUCACUGUUCGCAUGGUCACCGGCGACAACAUUAUCACCGCUCGCAGCAUUGCCAAGAAGUGCGGCAUCCUCACCGAGGGCGGUCUCUGCAUGGAGGGCCCCGAGUUCCGCAAGCUCACUGGCUCUGAACUGACUCGCGUCGCCACCUCUCUGCAAGUUCUUGCCCGCUCCUCGCCCAUGGACAAGCAAGUUCUCGUGGACACCUUGAAGAAGGCUGGACAAGUCGUCGCCGUCACUGGCGAUGGCACGAACGAUGGCCCGGCUCUGAAGCUCGCAAACGUCGGUUUCUCGAUGGGUAUUGCUGGUACCGAGGUCGCCAAGGAGGCGUCCGACAUUGUGCUGAUGGACGACAACUUUGCCUCGAUUGUCAAGGCUGUGAGCUGGGGCCGCAACGUCUACGACUCGAUUCGCCGCUUUUUGCAAUUCCAAAUGACUGUCAACGUUGCCGCGGUUGCGCUUGCCUUCAUUGGCUCCAUCACCAGCGAGCACGGUGAAUCGCCCCUCAAGCCCGUUCAGCUCCUCUGGGUCAACCUGAUCAUGGACACGAUGGCAGCCCUCGCCCUCGCCACCGACUCUCCCACCCCCGACAUGCUCAAGCGCAAACCGUACGCCAAGAACGAGUCUCUGAUUACUCCGCUCAUGUGGCGCAACAUUCUUGGCCAGGCCUUGUUCCAGAUGGUGGUCAACCUGAGCAUUCUGUACUUUGGCGACAAGAUCUUUGGCGUCGAGCUGCACUCGGUCAAGCACCUGACCUUCUUCUUUAACAUUUUCGUCUUCUGCCAAGUUUUCAACGAGAUUAACGCUCGCAAGAUUUACGGAGAACUCAACAUUUUCGCCGGCUUGUUCAGCAACCGCCUCUUCAUGUCGGUCAUCGUUUUCACUGUGGUGAUGCAGUUCUUGUUUGUCGAGUUUGGUGGCUCGUUCGUCGGCACCACCUCUCUUUCGCUGCGCGAGUGGCUGGUUUGCAUUGGCGUCGGUGCUUUGAGCAUGCCCGUGGCGCUCUUGCUCCACUAUGUUCCCGUGCCCGGUGCCAAGCCCGCAGCUCCCGUCGCCGCCGCGACCACUACCCCGACCGCCCCUGCUGCCACCGUCCACGCCCCGAAGCCCGCUGCGAACUGGGCCAAGCUCGCUGCUGCUACAAACCACUCCCGAUCGCCGUCGCCCAAGCUGGUCGAUGUGGCUCGCCAGGUGCGAACGACCAACUCGAUUCUCACCUUCAUCCGCCGUCGUCGCAGCCACCACCAGUUCGCUCUCAAGGAUGAAAAGUAG